GUGGAACCACCGAUCUAUGUUGUUGGCGAUAUACACGGGCAAUUCGAAGACCUCAUGGCAUUGUUCACUCUCAAUGGCUUUCCACCAUCCAGGCAGUAUCUUUUCCUCGGUGAUUAUGUUGAUCGUGGACCAUAUUCUCUUGAAUGUAUCGUACUUCUGUUUGCUUACAAAGUUUUGUAUCCAGAUAUAGUAACUCUUUUGCGUGGCAACCAUGAAUCACGGCCAGUUAACAAGCAAUAUGGCUUUUAUACGGAAUGUACUAAACGUGCUUCCAAUUUGCAUUUUAUUGCAUGCCAUUUUGUGCUCGUAUUGCGAAAAGAAUAUUAUGUAUGCAUGGCGGUAUCAGUGAAGGAUUAA